UAAUUGUACGGCAAUCCGUAGAUAAAGCAGAAUUCCAUGAUUUUAGUGUUGAGAAGAUUCUUAAAUUACUAUUCAACCACUGUGAAAGUGAUGAAGAGGGUGUUCGUAAUGUUGUAGCUGAGUGUCUGGGGAAAAAUUGCACUUGUCGAACCUUCAAAACUUGUUCCAGCACUCAAGGUACGAACAACCAGUCCAACUGCAUUCACCAGAGCUACGGUUGUCAUUGCUGUAAAAUAUUCUAUAUAGUUGAGAGGCCUGAGAAGAUAGACGAGAUUAAUACCUGGCAAGGCUGGCAUCUCGCAUUCCAGAAUUAUUGCCACUUCUUUAUGAUUAGACAAUUUUUAAGCAAGAAUGAAUAAGGACAGUUGAUCUUGGUCCUUUCAAGCACAUUGUGGAUGAUGGACUUGAAUUGAGAAAGUCUGCUUUUGAAUGUGUGGACACAUUGCUUGAUAGUUGGCUUGACCCAAUGAAUCCUCCAUCUUUUAUUGUUCCAUACCUGAAACCCGGUCUAGAUGAUCAUUAUGACGUCAAAAUGCCUUGCCACCUUAUCCUUUCAAAACUUGCGGAUAAGUGUCAAUCUGCUGUAUUGGCAGAGUUAGAUUCAUUGGUGGAUCCUCUGCAGAAUACUAUUAAUUUUAAGCCAAAGCAAGAAGUAGAUCGUUAUGAAGACUUGAUUCGCAGAGCUCUUAGAGCAAUUGCAUCGUUGAAUCGCAUAAGUGGAGGAGAUUGCAGCCUUAAGUUCAAGAACCUUAUGACUGAAAUAUCAAAAUUUCCUACACUAUGGGACACGUACUGUUCCAUCAAGAAUGAGUGAUGGACAUAUCAAGACCUAGCUUCAUAGUGUUAUAUUGGAGUUUCCCUGCAAGGAAUGUUGGAAUAGAAAAUUGCUCCGAUGAUGCAUAGAAGAUAAGCUA